UUCACAGUCCAGGACUGGAGCUGUGGUCCGGUGGAGGUUAUAGAGAAGAAGCAGAGAGCAAGAAUGGCUGGGCUGUAUGAGAGACCGUCGGAGACGUACACCAAGAAGCGGCCUCGGUACCCUGACGCUUGGUUCUCCAAGCUCGCCGCCCUCACAGCCGGCCACCACCGCGCCUGGGACGCCGGCUGCGGCACCGGCCAGGCCUCCAUCAGCAUCGCGGAGCACUACGACAGCGUGGUCGCGACGGACGCGAGCGAGGGGCAGAUCCGCCACGCCGUCGCGCACCCCAAGGUGCGGUACCUGCACACCCCGGUGGACCUCUCCGAGGACGACCUCGUCGCCAUGGUCGGCGGCGAGGGCUCGCUGGACCUCGUCGUGGUGGCGACCUCCAUCCACUGGUUCGACAUCCCGCUCUUCUACGCCGUGGCCAACCGCGUCCUCAAGAGGCCCGGCGGCGUCCUCGCGGUGUGGGGCUACAACUACGAGAUCCACCCGUUCGAGGACAAGCUGCACGGCCAGCUGUACCCGGCCAUGCGCCCGUAUAUGGACCCGAGGACGAGGCUGGCCAUGGACAGGUACCGCGACCUGCCGUUCCCGUUCGAGCCCGUCGGCGUGGGCCGCGAGGGCGAGCCGGCCGACGUCGACAUAGAGGUGGACAUGACGCUGGACGACCUCGUCGGGUUCCUGAAGACCGGCUCCGUCGUGACGACGGCGAGGGAGAAGGGAGUAGACCUGGAGGCGGUGACCAAGGACGUGAUGAAGGGGGUGGAGGCGGAGUGGGGAGACCCGGCGGUGGCGAGGAAGCUCGUGUUCAAGGCCUUCAUGCUCGCCGGGAAGCCCAAAGUGCUGAACUGAAACGUACGCUGAACCGCUGAUUGCUGAUCAUUGGUCAACCGCGUCUUGUUUCGUUGCGAUAGAUUGGUGACUUCACCAGAAUAAAUUCCGGAGAGACGACUGAGGCCCUGUUUAGAUGAAACUAUUUUUAAGUCCCUAUCAUAUCGGAUGUUUGAAAAUUAAUUAUAAA